AUGCAAAAUAUUGAAGAUUUGAUCCAACAGGUUCUUAGAGAUGAGACUUGUUGGAAGAAUCCAAUAGUUUCACUUGGAUCCGGUUCUUCCACCACUGAAAAGUCAUUACCUUCCGGACCGGUUCCAUAUGUAAAGAUACCGAUUUCUCUGGUUUUAUUAGAUAAUCUUUCCGAUUUGAGAACAAUCUCACCAGUUUCUCCAAAUUCACCUACUCUUGGUGCAACUAGUUCAACUGCUUCUAGUGGUGUUAAUAAUAGUAGUAGCAGCAGUGCAAGUUCAUCCAAUACCAAUAAUACUUCAUCGACUUCCUCUGCUACCAACAACACCACCAAUAACACCAGCGGUGGAGGUGGCAGUGUCUUGGUGAAUUCAGAGUAUGAGAAUAAAGUGGCAACUAUCAAUGAUAUCGUCAGAAAGAUGGUUGCCAAACACAUUGCACCGAUUACACCUUCGUUGUUGGAUGGAUCGUUCACUGUCUGUUUGGAUCCAAGUGAUAAGGAGAUGUUGAUUCUGGCCGAUGAAACAAUGUCAGGGAAUCAAAGUAUAUUCGGACCUGGUGUUGCACCGGGUUCAGUGGAUUCCGCCUCUAGACAAAAGCAAUUGGAUGGUAGCCAACCAAUGAGUGUCAAUUGGAUGUCUUUGAUAUUAAAGAUUCAUCAGGCGCUGCUACAGAGUACACUCCACCAGAAUCUGCUCAAGAAGAUUGCCAGCACGAAAUCACAGGCCAACUUGGAAACCUCGAAUCCAAUGAACUCACUCAAGGAUCCAACUCACAAGAGACUAUCGACAGUGUCACUCUCAUCGAAUUCUCUUACCAACAAUAGCAAGCCUGAUCGUUCCAUCAACGGACAGAUCAAAGAGGAGGUCAAGUCGACACCGGUCACACCAACACAAGUGUCGCCACUGCUAAAGGACACACUGGCCAAAGAGGAGCCAUCGUCCAUCGAUCUCAACCAAGGUCGUGGCGGUUCACCAAUCACCACAUCGGGUUUCACAGUGAGCAAAUCGGCAGUAAACAAGAAUCCAAAGUCUAAUCUCAGUAGCGGUAGUUCUAACGUAUCUACCUCAUCCUCAUCGUCGUCGUCGUCAUUCUCAUUGUCAACUUUGAUGGCAAAUGCAUCUUCAAGUCCAUCCAGUUCAAUUCCAAGUAGUUUGAAAGAUUUGGCCAACCGAAAUGCCAAAUCCGAUUUGGCAAGACAAGAAUUUAAUAAUUCCACAAACAAUCCCAACAUCAACAAGUUACCUAGCCAGUUUGAGACCGAUCCAGUUAUGUUACCGGACGGUUCAGAAUAUCAAAACUCUAUACCAAUACCAAACUUCCAAAAUAGAUUCCCUGUUGGACAUACACCAAAUGGUCCACACUCAUUCAAUGCACCCUCGAAUAGUGUCGGUGGCGGUGUUAUGUCAUCAUCGAUUCCAAAUGUUAUCUCACCAAAUAACAACAACAUUCCAUCGAUGCCAGUCUCACUGCCAAUGAAUAUGUCAUCAUCGUACCAAGGACCAAAUACUCUCAGAGUAUCAAGUUCACCCUAUGAUUUCGCACCAUCGCCAUCUGGACUGCCACCAACUCGUUUGACAGAGUCGUUCUUCCCUUCGGUUGGAUCGCGUGGACCACCCUCUUUCGAUGCCAUUCCAAGUCAGGUGGUACCACAACAACUCUCUGUAUCACCACAGCCAACCGGACCAUCUUCACUCGUCAAUCCACUGCUCUCCAGUGGUGGAUUUGCAAGUCGUUCAAUGAUGCAACAACAACAGCCUCCAACUGCAUCACCGAUUGGCAGUCUUCAAGACAACAACUCAAUGAUCUCACCAAUGAUGUCAAACAACCAACAAAGCAAUCUUCCACAACAAUCCAAUCCAAAUCUAUCUACUAGCAGCAGUGUACCAACAGUUCCAACAAUGAUUCCACUGUCUGCACCAAACACUGACACUAUUGUCGAAGCCAGUAGUUCAUUCAAAGCCGUCCCAAGUCAACAGUCGCAACCAACCAGUCAACAUUCGCUAGCAACCAUCUCUGGAAAGAUGGAUCAAACACUCUCAGAGUGGUUGGAUAUCUCUAUCUAUUGGACUCAAGACUUUGCUCCUCUCAGUCAAGAGGAUGAGCGUACUCUCACCGAUGGAUUGAAUCUCGACUUGCGUUCCCUCCUCUUGGUUGAGAGAUCCGGUGGUCGUUUAGAUCACUUUUUAGAAUCAAAACUUAUUCACUCGAUCAAUCAGAGACUCACCGAGACAAUCGAAUCAAAGAUAUCGCCUUGGGUAGAUCAAAUCUACUACAACUGGGUUAAGCUUGUCAAUGUCAAGUAUCACGAAGAGAUUGCCAGUAAGCUGAAUACCACCACCCUCCAAGAGUAUUCCAAUCGUAUUUGGAGUGUUGCCAAGUAUCACAAACGUCGCUACCCACCAGCAGCAACCACAACAGUUGUUGUUCCAACACAAGGAAGUGCAUUGGGAGCAUCACAAUCGACGUGCUCCAACGAAGAGGAAGCAGAGGCAUUGAAGAUUGUCAAAAUAAUUCAAGAGGAUGCAUUCUAUCUUGUGAAUAUUCAACAUCGUUCAUUGAAAUUGGUUGAGAAAAUAACGAUUGGACUGUUGGGACAUGCUUCGCCAGCUGUCAGACAGGAAGCAGUUAGAUUGCUCAAUGUAAUCUAUGACUCACAUAACUGGCAGUUUGAAGCACCUUUGAAACCAGUGAUUCGUUGUAUUGGCGAUGCAUUCAAGGUAGAAUUGGAGCUCGAGAGUGUACUCCCAGAUGAACUGGUCAAGCGAAUCUAUUUGCUGACGACUACACCACCCUCUACAAAAGUUAGUGCUAUGCCAGGUUCAAACUACACAAUAUUCGCCAAACACCGUCCAAAACUCGAGGGUACAAGACUGUCGUUUGAAGCACCGGUCUCACUGUAUCGUGCUGGUCGUUUCAUUGUACAUCCAAAGCUGCGUGAAGAGAUUAUGCACGAGGUUUGGGUGGAUUUGGUUGAAGCUGUUUGGGAUCCAUAUAGAGGUGAAAUAUCAAAGAAAGGUACUCUCUCAAAUCUCAUUGAUUCACUCGAUAAAUUCCACAAGGAGGGUAUUACAACACUCUAUGUUAUGGGACUGCUAGAGAAGCUGCCAAACUCACAUCCGUUCUGUCCAACCGAUCGUAACCUACCAAAUCGUGCACUCGGUGGUAAUGAGCAGUUCAACUUGUUGAUCUCCAAGGCCAAACAAUUGGGAAUCAAGAUUGUCAUUGAUUCUACUGCCAGACUCUCCUCGAAGCAAGCUCAUCGUAAAUACAAUGGAUCGAUUCUCCAUACUCUCGAUUCCAAGGGACAACUCACCAGAAUGGAGGGUACCGAUUCAGUUGAAUUCACCUGGCCAGACUGUGUUAUGAUGAACUUUAGAAAGCUAUCGGUUUGGGAGAUGAUGGUACAGGAAACAUUGGCAUGGGGUGAUCGGGGUAUCGAUGGUGUAAGAAUUGACUCUGGACACAUCUGUCCAUUGUUGAUUCGUUCGAAUCUAGAUGAGCUCUAUAGAAUCGACAGUGAUGACCAACCACAUUUCACUAAUCAACAGAUCUUUGAUGGUGAGAUAGUACUUCAACCAUCGGAGGAAGGUCGUAACUUUGGUUAUUGGGGUACCACUCCAAAGUCACCGAAACAAUCGACACCGUUCUAUCCGAAUCCACUGUUUAUAAAGUUGACUCGUGAGGUAUGGCAUCGUUAUCCACAAUUUGUUUUCCUCUCUGAGGUUUAUUGGGAGCGUGAACUGCACUCUAUUGUCUCUGGUCUGGUGCCGUACAGUAGCGCCAUACCCAGAGCGUUGGCAUCGGUGUUUGACAAGGCAAUUAGCAAGGAUGGUAUUGUAUUCGACUUGAGACAACGUCAGUCUGUAAAGGCACUCUAUGAAUACUAUGAGAUGCGUAUGUCAACCUAUCCACAAAACUCGAUCAUCUUGUUCCCAUCAUCGAAUCACCACUCGCCUUAUCCUCUGCAGAUCUACAACGCCGGUGCAUGGGCAGCAGUCGAUGCACUCUAUUUCCUUCCGGAGAUUCCAAUCACCUAUAUUGGCGAGCAAUCCGGUUGGUAUUACCAUGUAGAUAUCCACUCUUCACGAAUCAAACUGGGAAUGUCUGCCACACCAUAUCAGCUGCAAUACCCGCAGAUCAAUGGUCACUAUGCACAUCGUGUCACUCUCAGAAAAACCCAUACACUGCUACGUCGUGGUGGUAUGGUUCCACUGCUUUGUUAUCACGCCGGUGGAUGGCAUGAUCGUGUAUUUGGAUUCGCGCGUUUCUCUGGCGAGGAACUUGCAAUCAUUGCAAUCAACUUUGACAACCAUGAAACAGAGUUCUACGUUGACUGCAGUCCGCUCGCACGUAUCUCAACAGCCGAGACAAUCUAUAGAAUGGUGGAUCUCAUCAAUCCAAGCAAUCCACCUCAGUAUCUCAGUCUACAAGAGUUACUCUAUGAGAAGCACUUUGUUGUCGUACCCGGAUACAGUUCUAUCUGUUGGGGUGUCUAUCACCAAGUGAAUUCGCCAGCUGCCGUUCGUGUACUCUAUGAACACAGCAUGAUCCGUUUGAAACAACUGUUGGCAGACGAUGUCGACCCAUCUCACAAUCUGAUCUAUUCUAUUCUCAAGAAGGGCUUGAUGAGCGGAGUCGAUGCUUUCGCUUCGGCACUCGAAGAUAUUCUCUCCAACUUGUCUGGUAACUCUGAAAAGACAUUCGCUUCUUUCAUUCAAGGUGUUCUCUAUCACAUGACUAAAUCACAAUUCGAAGGAUAUCAAAUCAUUUCCUACUUGGAGGCAAUUGCUCAGCGUGGUCUCAUUCAAAAUCGUAUUCCCAAGAUCUGUCGUGAGGUGUUGCAACACAAUAUUCUCGGACCAAUCGUGUUUAUCACACCAGAGAUUGGUCGUUUCUCAACGGUCGGUGGUGUAGGUGUUAUGCUUGAUGAACUCACUCGUAGUCUUCAAUUGUUGGGUGUCGAGGUCCAUAUUAUUUCACCAUACUACAACUAUGGUAAGGGUGGACGUACUGGCUAUCUCGAGAAGGAGGAAGGUAUCAAAUGGCAGAGAAACGUUGUUACCUACGUUGGUCCUGACCGUGUUGAAGUGGGUGUUCACGAGGGUGUCGACAAGGGUAUCCACUUGCAUUUCCUUCAUCACUUUGAGUAUUUCCCAACCCCAUACAACUCUGGCUCACCUGUCCAUCAACUGAAAACCAUUGUUCUCUUUGCCAAAGCAUCACUUGAGUUACUCUGUCAAAUUAGAUUGUUACCAUCGGUCAUUGUAACCAACGAUUGGUUCUGUGGAUUGGUACCAGCCUAUGCCAAAGCCGGUGCAUUUGGAACAACUUUCAACGGAACUACCUUCUUCCAUUUAGUUCAUAACCUCGAGGAAGCAUAUCAAGGACGUAUCUAUCCAGAUGGUGGAGAUGAUCUCAAUUGGAUUCAUCAAUUACAUCGUGACUUGAUUAUGGAGCCAUAUUCACAUGCUCCAUGUCUUAACGCAUCGAGAUGUGUAUUACUAACAUGUAAUAAUUGGGGAACUGUAUCGAAAUCAUAUCUCUAUGAUCUUUUAAGAACAUCUCAUCUUUCUAAUUUAUUACAUCAAUUCCCACAAGCAUUUGCUCAUUCAAAUGGUAUUAGAGUAAAAGAAAGAAGAACACAAUUGACAACAAUUGCAAAAGAUCGUCAUGAAGCAAAAGCAAAACUUCAGAAAAAGUAUUUCAAUCAUGUCGAUGAUACCAUUCCAAUCUUUAGUUUUGUUGGUAGAAUCGUUUUGCAAAAGGGUGUUCAUCUCAUUUUGAAUGCAGUGCGUGAGUUGAUCGGACACUAUCAAGGAAAGAUUCAGGUACUGGUCGGUGGUAUGGCCAAUAUGAAAGAUCCAUACGCCAGCAGUUGUGCAUGGAGUAUGCAAGCGCUCUGCAAGCAAUUCCCAACAUCGUUCUGGGCCGAUCCAGAUUCGUUCUUCUCCGACGGUUCACUGGUCAAUCUCGGUUCCGAUUUCGGUUUGAUGCCAUCGCUCUUUGAGCCAUCGGGUGUCGUCCAACAAGAGUACUUUGCCGCUGGAACACCGGUGAUUGCAUUCAAGACCGGUGGACUUAAAGAUACUGUUUUCGAGUACAAUCAAAUCGAUGAAACCGGCAAUGGUUUCACUUUCGAAGCUCAUAAACACACCGAUUUCGUUCAGGCGAUUCACCGUGCCUACGCUAUCUAUCAGAACCCACACCACUACCAAAAGAUUCGUGAACGUUCCUACGAGUCGGUACUCGACAUGUCUGUGGUAGCCGAAGCAUGGGCAAAGGAAUUCUCACGUAUGCGUAGAUCGAUCUGGGCAGACAAAACAUUGGUCGAUGAAAAUUGUGCCAAACUUUUAUCUGAGCAACUUCAGUCAACUAAAUUAAAUUAA